AUGAUCGCCGAAACACUGCUGUAUGGCUUCCUUUUCUGUACUGCAGCUUUGGCUAAAAAUACCGAAGAAGACACCACGGAGGUCUUCACUCUCGACACUGCAGUGCAAAAGUUCGUUAGAGUUUUUCAAGAUCUCUACCGAGUCACCGUGAGGUGGGCUGAUACGACGGGGGAGAAUGCAGAAUUGGCAGAGCAUUUCGCUACUAAAAAAUUUUAUCUAAAAGCCGACAUGGACCAUAUACAACUGGGGAAGGCAAUACCAAGAGACACUAUCCGCACUCUUCUGUACGCCAAUCUCUAUGAAAACAAAGCGAAAAAAAAUCAGACGUACACCGUGACGCAUACUACCAGCCGCAAAGAAAAAACAUCUGCCACAGUGAAGCGAGGAUUCAGCGUUGGCGCUGAGCUGUCGGGAAGUUUCGGAUUGAAAGAGAUUUACGGAGUGAGUUACUCAGUCAGCACUAAGUACGAAAGAGAAACCGCCUCGACUGAUACUCAGACGAAACUCAAGACCUUUGAGGUCGCCACGGGAGUCAACGUUUUUCCUAACAAGACCGUCGAAGUACUGUGGUACGCCAACACCGCCACAACAGAUAUUCCCUGGACUUGUAAUGUGACCAUUAGUGGAUACUUUGCUAUGGGGAUCGAACAAGCGCUGCAAGGCACCUACAUUCUCAUCUUGCCAGCGACUUACCUCGCCCUUGCGAACAAGGAACUGCAAGUAGUAGGCGGCAGGCACGUGCGUUUUCAAAUGUCUGGUGUAUUCACAAGAGUCACCACGCCGGAGUCCGACAUCUACACAUACGACGUGACAGACACUCUGAAGGGCAAAAUAAUGGAAACUGUUUGAAGGUCUCGA